CUUUCUAAUUUCACUUGCGUUUGCUCAGCAUCUUUCAGGAAAUGCCCACGUUGGUUAUCAGUGUCCAACUUUACCUAUUUCUUCUGCUAAUCUUGCACUAAAAUACCCAUCAAUCAAACCUCUCUUUUAUCAGAAAGAUUAGGUUUGCAAUUGCAGUCAAGAACAACUGUUGCACGCUACUUGUAAUCUGCUUGGCCCAAUUUGUUUGUGUCCAAUGUCUUGAAUAUCUUCUUCUAGACCUGCAGGACCAUUUUUAAUGGCGGACAUAGUAGGGGCAAUCUUCGGUGCAUUGAGUUGCAUUUGUGGUACUCCAACCUGCAAUUGUAUAGAUCAAUAUCGAAAUUUUAAUGAUGAUGUGGGUGAGCUGAGAAGCAUAUUGGACACUCUAACCAACCGAAAGCAAGAUAUAGAAUCAAGAAUAGAAGAAGCAGAGGCUCGCGCGGGACAAAUGGUUAGACGAGAAGUGCAAGAUUGGCCUAAGCAAGCACAAGAGAUCAAUGUUGGUGUGCGAGCAUUUUUAGAAAAGGUACAGGGAGUCAAGUGGUACAAGCGUGCCUGUCUUGACAAACGUGUUUGCAGAAAAAUUAAAGUGGUGGCGGAUAUGAUUGAAAAAGGUAGAUUUCCUGAAGGCCUUUUUAUUGAGAGAGCUCCAGCUCAUGGAAACAUAAUUCCAUUAGAGAAUUUAGUGGGGGAAAUAUCUACUAAAGAAGAAAUUUGGAGGUACUUGAUGGGUGAUGAGGUUGGAUUGAUCGGAGUUUGUGGGACUGGUGGAGUUGGAAAGACUAUGAUCAUGAAGAAUCUCCACAAUGAUUUACAGGGGGAGACUAGAUUUCAAAAAGUGAUAUGGGUUACUGUAUCAUAUCCUCUCAAUGUUUUUGAGUUACAAAGGAAGGUUGCUGGUGCUAUGGGUGAAAGACUUCGAGAUGAUGAAGAGGUGAUGAUGCGAGCAGGCGCACUAAUGGAAAUAAUGAGAAGAGUGACUUUUGUGCUAAUAUUAGAUGAUGUAUGGGAAAGGUUCUCUCUCAGUGAUGUUGGAAUUCCAAAACCGACAGUGCAAAAUGGGUGCAAAGUAAUUAUUACUAGUAGAUUGACAGAAGUAUGCAGUUAUUUAGAUUGUAAGAUUGUUAAAGUGCAACCUCUUUCACAAGAGGAGUCUCUAACUCUGUUCCUCAAUAAGGUUGGGCAUGAUGUUUUACUAAUUUCUGGGUUGGAAAAAAUCUUGCAGACUAUUGUGAAGGAGUGUGCUGGUUUACCACUUGCUAUUGUUGUGAUAGCAGGGAGUAUGAAAGGAGUGGAUGAUAUUAAGGUGUGGAGAAAUGCACUGACUGAAUUACAAGAAUGUGUUAAGAGUGUGAAAGGUUCGGAGGAUGAGAUAUUUUUGCGGUUAAAAUUUAGUUUUGAUCGUUUGCCUAAUGAGAAAAUUAGAAAUUGUUUUCUUUAUUGCUCCUUGUUUCGCGAAGAUUAUUUAUUUCGAGGGGAGGAAUUGCUAGAAGGUUGGAUUGAUGAAGGAUUAAUGGAUGGAUUGAGUAGCAGGCAAGCAGCUUAUGACAGGGGCCAUGCCUUUUUACAUGUGCUUGAAAAGAAUAGCUUGUUAGAGAAACAUUUCGAGAAGUAUCUUAAGAUGCAUGAUGUUGUGAGAGACAUGGCUAUCAGAAGCAUUGGUCCCAGAGUUGGAUAUAUGGUAAAAACUGGUAGGAAAUUGACAAGUGUACCAAAUGAACAUGAGUGGGCUAGAGAUCUUAAUAAGGUAUCUCUAAUGGCAAAUGACAUUUCAAAAAUUUCGAUUGGAUUGACUCCAAAGUGUCCGACCUUGUCAACUUUGAUAUUAUCCAACAAUCCUUUGACAGAGAUUCCAGAAUCCUUUUUUGAGGAUAUGAGUCAACUCAAGGUUCUUGAUCUUUCUCUAACUCUUGUUGAAACUUUACCUAGUUCCAUCUCUAAGUUGAAGUAUCUCUCUGCAUUGCGGUUAUUGGGGUGCAGAAAGUUAAAGUACUUGCCUUCCUUAGAGAAGCUUGUGGCAUUGAAGAAGUUAGAUCUGCAAGGGACAGGAAUUGAGGUGGUCCCUCAAGGCAUGGAGAUGUUAGUAGGUCUUGAAUAUCUUGAUUUAUGGUGUAUGAAUUUGAAAGAGUUUUCAACAGGAAUAUUGUCUACAUUAUCUAGUCUCCAGUAUUUGGUGGUAACAAACGAAAGGGGAACAAACCAAGGGGGGCCUAUUGUAAUGAUAAACUCAGAAGAGGUUGCUAAAUUGAGAAAGUUGGAGAUUAUACAAUGUAAUGUUGAAGACAUGCAAGACUUCAAUUAUCUUAUGAGGGAGUUUAAAAAUUUUCAGAGUUUUAUUGUUUACAAGCUUCGAGUGGGAACAAAAAUGGACCUUGGUAUGGAUUAUCUUAGUUCUAAUCAUAAAUGUAUACUUAUAAUUAGUGUGACAUUAGAGAAGAAUGUAUAGUGCUUCCAGAUAAACUUAGGCAUUUGCGGAUCCAUAAAUGUAAAAACCUCAGAAGCAGCUUAAACAAUGCAGUUUUGUUAGAGAAUGCAACCGAGUUGGGUGCUUGUAUUAUUAGUGAUUGUGAAGAGACAGAGUACGUGGUUGAGUUGGAUUCAUCCUCAUCCUCAUCGUGUAAACCAGUGCUUGAUAAGCUUGAAAAAUUGUGUCUUUGGGAUUUGCCUAGGUUGUGGGCACUCGUGAGAGUGGAAGGAGUAGCAACACCGUCAUGUGUGUUUUCCAAUCUUAAGACACUUUAUUUAAGGAAAUGUUCAAGAAUGAGGAAGUUGCUUCCACUUGAGCUACUGCAGGCCUUCCAAAACUUAGAGAUGAUUGAAGUUGAUGGUUGUGAACAAAUGGAAGAGAUAAUAGCCUCAUCAGAUUCAGAUGCAUCAUCGGAUAAGUUCAGCAUCACUUUUCCUAAAUUAAGGAAAUUGCACUUGCGGGGGUUACCCCAAUUGAAGAACAUCUGCAGUGCCAAAGGAGUUAUGGUUUGCGAUUCUAUUAAAUACAUUUGGAUAAGUGAAUGUCCUGAGUUAAAGAGGAUCCCUGUGCAGCUUCCCCUGCUUGAUAAUGGCCAACCAUCUCCUCCUCCUCAUCUUAAAGAAAUCUACAUUAAGGAAAAGGACAAAGAAUGGUGGGAAUCAGUGGAGUGGGAUCAUCCUAACGCUAAGAACAUACUUCAACCCUUUGUUGUAACAAGAGUGGGAUCAUCCUCACGCUAAGAACAUACUCCAACCCUUUGUUGCAAUAAGUAUGAUGAGGUGAU